AUGGCGACCGCCCCCGCUGCUACUCCCGCCCCCGCGCGCCGGCCGCUGACGCUGCCGGAGAAGAUCCUGACCCACUGGGCCGUGGGCCUCACCAAGCCCGAGGUCGCGCCCGGCCAGAUGCUGUGCGUCAAGGCGCAGUGGACGCUGGCCUGCGAGAUCACGUGGAAGUCGAUGGACAAGACGUACCAGGACAUGGGCCGCCCGCGCAUCUGGCGCAACGACCGCUUCUGGCUGGCCGUGGACCACACCGUGGACCCGCGCGUGAACCACCAGCCGCGCCAGCAGAUGAUGAUCAAGGCGUCCGAGGACUUCGCCAAGGAGGCCGAGCUCACCAACUUCCAGCCGCCCAACACCACCAUCCUGCACACCGAGUUCUACCGCCAGCGCGCGCAGCCCGGCCAGAUCGUGGUGGGCGCCGACUCGCACUCGUGCAGUACCGGCGGCUUGGGCGCCUUCGCUAUUGGCCUGGGCGCUGCGGACGUCGUCAUGCCCCUCGUGACGGGCGAGACGUGGAUCAAGGUGCCCGAGACGGUGCUCAUCGAGUUCAUGGGCACGCCCCCCACGGGCAUGGGCGGCAAGGACGUGAUGCUGUACACGCUGGGCCAGCUCAAGUGCAACACCGUGGCCAUCGGCCGCUGCGUGGAGUGGGGUGGCAACAUCUCGGCGCUGUCGUGCGAUGCCCGCUUCGCUAUCAGUAACAUGACGGCCGAGUUCGGCGGUAUCGCCGGUGUCUUCCCCGCCGACGAGCGCACCGCCGCGUACAUCUCCAAGCGCCCGGACCACAACAACGACGCCCUCUACUUCCGCGCUGACGAGGACGCUCAGUACGCGGAGAAGUUCCAGAUCAACCUGGACAACCUCGAGCCGCAGGUGGCUCUGUUCCCGUCCCCGGACAACGUCAAGCCCGUGUCGGAGGUUGUCGGCAUGAAGCUCGACGGAUGCUUCAUCGGCGCAUGUACCACUGCUGAGGAAGACCUGGUGCUCGGUGCCCUGGUGCUCGAGGCUUGCCUCAAGCAGGGAAUGAAGCCCGUCGCCCACGGCCAGCGUCGCGUGACCCCUGGCAGUCAGAUCAUCGUGGACAACCUCAAGAAACACGGCCUCAUCGACGUGUACGAGAAGGCUGGCUUCGUUGUGGGCGCCCCCGGCUGCAGUUUCUGCCUGGGUAUCGCCGCUGACGUUGCCGGCGAGAACGAGGUGUGGCUCAGCUCGCAGAACCGCAACUACCGCAACCGCAUGGGCAAGGGCUCCAUCGCCAACCUUGCGUCGGCCAUCACGGUGGCUGCUUCCAGUUUCACGAUGGAGGUGACGGACCCUACGCCGUUCCUCAAGCUCAUCGACGUCGAGAAGUUCAACUCGGCUGUGCCCAAGCAGCCGUCGGUGCCUAUCACGAUCGCUGAGGUCGCUCCGGAGCUUCCUGUUGCUGGUGAGGAGGCCGGUAACGCGGACGCUGAGGCCGCUGCCUCGCUCGAGACGUUCUCGGGCUCCAUCAAGGGCCGCGUCCAGGUCUUCGGUGACAACAUCGACACGGACGCCAUUCUGCCUGGUGAGUUCCUGUGCGAGAACGACAUGGAGGCUCUGGGCAAGGUCGCGUUCCUGCACACGAACCCGGACUUCCGUGACAAGGUGAAGCAGGGCCAGAAUGUGGUUGUGGCUGGCCACGGCUUCGGCUGCGGCUCCUCGCGUGAGCAGGCCGUGACGGCCAUGAAGGGAGCUGGCGUGCAGGCUCUGAUCGCCCGCUCGUUCGGCUACAUCUUCUCGCGCAAUUACCAGAACUUCAGUCUGCUGGGCAUCCAGCUCGACGACGACCGCUUCUACGAGCUGGCCAAGGAGAACGCUGACAUCACGGUGAACAUGACCGGCCGCACCAUUGAGGUGGGCGGCGAGACCUUCCGCUUCAACAUGUCGCUCUUCGAGGAGCGUCUGCUCGCUGGCGGAGGCAUCAUGCCGCUGUACAAGAAGUUCGGCAACCGUCUCUUCCGUGUGGCGGUGCAGGACCCCGCGGCUGAGAAGGGCAGCUGUGGCAGCAGCGGUGGCUGCUCCAGCAAGGAGGAGAUCCCGGCGUCCGCAGUAGCGGGUGCGUCCAAGGAUCUUUCGUGGUAGAGUGCUGUAGUAGUUGGGGGGUUGUGAGCGCGACUCGAGUGGCGCCCUGCAUCAAAAAUAAUGUAACUUCAUG